AUGCAAGAUGUUUUCCUAUUUUCGUUUAAUGCACAACCAGGUCAUAUUGUAACAAAACGCACCAUCUUAUCCCUUGCGUCUUCAUUAUUCGACCCGCUUGGAUUACUAGCACCGAUCAUACUCGUAGCCAAAAUUAUGAUGCAAGAAUUGUGGCUUUUGCGUGUGGAUUGGGACGAGUCAGUCCCUCAAAAUCUUCACUCAGCUUGGAAAACAUUUAUUCAAGAUCUUACAACGCUUUCAUCGGUUAAGGUGCCGAGGUACUGCCUAUCCAUAAACUAUCAACAGGUUGAUGUACACGGUUUCUGUGACGCUUCAAUACGCGCAUAUGGUUGCUGUAUAUUUCUCCGAUCACAAAACACAUCAGGUAAGGUAACGGUCAGGCUAUUCACUGCAAAAUCCCGUGUGGCACCUAUAAAGCGGAAGUCGCUACCUAAACUAGAACUCUGUGGUGCCUUACUUCUUGCCAAACUGUAUCAGAAGGUCCAACCAAUAUUUGCGCAAUUUAAGGGUGAAACGUUUUUUUGGACUGAUUCACAGAUUGUAUUACAUUGGUUGAAGCAGCACUCAUCAACCCUGUCUGCAUUCGUUGGCAAUCGAGUAGCAGAAAUUCAAGAUAUUACCGCAAAUGGGCAAUGGAGACACGUUCCUACCCAAUCCAACCCGGCAGAUGUUGUGUCGCGCGGCUGUAACAUCCGCCAAUUAUCAGAGUCUUGUUGGUUUACGGGGCCGGAAUUUUUGUUACUCGCUGAUAAAUACUGGCCGCAUUUGAAAUGUCACAACCUGGAUAUGGAAGAAGUCAAUAAAGAGACGCGAAAGGUUGUAUUCGUUAACACAAAUGAAGACAACUACGUAUUACAGGUAUUGUCAAGAUAUAGUUCAUACACUAAGAUGCUACGAGUAAUAGCGCAGGUACAGCGUUUUUAUCAUGUAACCAAGAAUAAAUUGAAGAACGGAGAAUGUACCCUCCAACCUAUUCAGCUACAAAAGGCAUUGCACUGUAUUAUUUGGGUCAUCCAACAGCAAUUCUUCGAAAUUGAUAUACAACGCCUACAACGAGGGAACCCAGCCAAAGGUACAUUAAAGCAUCUAAAUCCCUUCCUGGACAAUGUAUUCGGUUAUCAAUUACUAAAGGUGGGAGGUCGCCUCGAGCUGAGUGACAUCUCAGUAGGCCAACGUCACCCUAUUUUGUUGCCGAAGGGCUGUUAUUUUGUGGAACUUUAUGUUCGGCAUAUACACUUGUGCAACUAUCAUGCAGGCGCAAAAGCACUAAUUGCCCUUACUCGACUAAACUUCUGGAUAAUUAAUAUUCGAGAAAUUGCACGCCGAGUCGUGCACUCGUGUAUUCACUGCGUGCGUUAUAAACCCAAACUACUUAAUCAAAUGAUGGGUAAUCUCCCAAUCGAACGCCUCACUCCAAGUCGUCCUUUCGCGCGUACUGCGGUAGAUUUUUGCGGUCCGAUAUUAACGUAUCUCCGAAUUCGGGGACGGGUUCCAUAUAAGACCUAUAUAGCCGUGUUCGUUUGUUUGUCUACAAAGGCAGCUCAUCUAGAAGCCGUGUCAGACUUAUCUACGGAGGCAUUUAUUGCAGCACUGAAAAGGUUAAUCGGUAGACGAGGGUUACCAUCAGACAUCUAUUGCGACAACGCCACGAACUUCGUUGGGGCUAACAAUAAACUAGCAGAGUUAAAAAGAAUGUUUUUCGAGAAGUCUAAUCAAGUGAUGCUGCAGACCUUUUGCAGCAACCAAUUCAUAAAUUUCAAUUUUAUACCGCCCCGAGCACCUCACUUUGGAGGUCUAUGGGAAGCGGCUGUAAAAAGCGCGAAAGGCCAUCUGUAUCGAACACUAUCAAAUACUCGAUUCACCUUUGAGGAGCUUGGAACAGCACUGAUUGAAAUCGAAGCUAUCUUAAAUUCGCGACCAAUCACACCUCAUUCUUGUGACCCGAGCGAUUAUGAAGCGCUAACGCCAGCACAUUUUCUUAUCGGUGGGCCGCUCAAAACUUUAUCUGAACCAAGUCCUCAGUAUGAAUCUGCUUCAUUAAUUGAUAAAUGGUCUCGUAUAACCGCAGUCAAACAUCACUUCUGGCGCAGAUGGUCUAGAGACUAUCUGAAUGAGCUGCAGAUACGCACCAAAUGGACAGAAGAACAAUCUAACAUCACCGAGGGGGCUCUGGUUUUAAUCCAUGAAGACAAUAUGCCUCCACAACGCUGGUUGAUGGGCCGAAUCGUGCAUUGCAUCAGGGGUCCAGAUAAUUUGGUUCGUGUUGUUGAUGUGCAAACCCCAAAAGGAGUAAUACGCCGUCCAAUCCACAAACUCGCACUAUUACCAAUUGAAAAUCCUUUCAAGGGGGGCGGGAU